CUAUCCCGUCCCGCGCGUCAUGGCUCGAUGAAGGCCACAUCUCCCUCCUCCGCCCAUGCGCUCCGCCUGUCUUCGAAAUGCCAGGCCGACCACCAGCGCCACCUCGCCUCUCCUUCCGUUCCUUGCCCCUCGUGCCUUCGCCGAAGCCCAGCGCCACACCCGGCAAGAUGACAGGAGGUCACAGAAAGAACAAGAGACGAAGAGCCGGAGUGGCGGAGGCAAUGUAUUAGCAUGUAAUGGGAAGGAGCGGGCAGCGCUCGGUGCGCGAUACUCCGACAUCUUCAGCUUUGCGAGGCAGCAACUGCGAAGCUACAGCACAGAAGGCUCGAACGGCGCACUUCCUCGGACCGGAGGACGCAUAUCUUUCCGUCCAUCUCAAAGGGAUGGAAAACUCAAGAUGGAGCAGGCUGAGAAAGAGGGAAUGAGUGUAAUUCCCCGUCGGACAAUCCGCAAGGUGGCUGCAGUGAGAGCAAUUCCCCGUCGGACAAUCCGCAAAGUGGUCUCAGUAUGGGGGAAAGUUGUUCCAUGGAGAAGUCAAGGGUUCCAACGCUUCAGUGCCCAUUCGCAACCAGGACUCGGAGGCCAAUCGAAACGACCGGCACGACGGAAAACUGUUCCCAUAUCCGAUGGGCGGCGUCAGAGACAGUUGAAAGUGAUUCACAAAAGCUUACAUGCUUACCAGCGUCGCGAAUUACCCCAGAUCCAGAAAGAACCAAAGAUCAUGGAUGGUCGGUACAGGUCACUGCAACGUCGUAUACUCGCUCUUUCGGCACCAAAAGUACGAACCCUAACCCUUUACGAGCCGUUCAAUACUUUGCGAAGGAAACACAUUACCAUGGCCUUUGCUGCAUUGGACCGGAAGGUCUAUGCGAGAUUGAAUCGACGCGCCCAACCAAUUUUCCUCCAACAUCUGCCAGAUUGUGCGUCCUGGACCGCCAGCUUGUUUAGUAGUGGAGCUGCGACCGAGCCUGAUCAGGUGUGGAGACACUGGAACACCUUUGACGAUGAAAUAAGGGAGUGUUACUGGCCCCAUCUGCUCAUAUACCUUCUUGACAAGUUUCCCCAUCGGGCACAAUACUUUCUGCAAGCUUUAACUCACCGUCCUUCCGUCGAAAGCUUGGAUCUCUGCAUUGUCGCAGAUGCUUUCGAGAAUUUGGCGCGAGGCUACGUGAACAGGUCUUGGAAAUCAGUCGCUAGAGAAAACUUACAGGAGAGCAAAGAUCAGUUCAUUCCGACCUUUUACCACAUCUUCCGCGAGCAUCUGGCGCCACACCAACGCAUCUGCUCACAAGACUUGCUAUUCUGUGUUGCGAAACUCGCCAGUUUAGAAGACUUCCGGCGUAUAUUUGAGCUCAUGAAGAAGUCGGGUACACACCUUGGCCACGAUGUGCUCCUCCAUUACACCAAUACAUUCGCCAAGGCUGGUGAUUUCGAGCAGGCCCUUUCAUGCCUGGAGAUCAUCGUGAAAGGAGCACCGAACGACGAGGCCCGGGUCCAGUUAGCGAACGAGCAGAAAUUCCGUUGGUCGUGCGCUUUGACUCUCCAUAGAAGCAUGAUGAACAAGGACGCUUAUCACGAGACGACUGGCAUUGUGGCGACUCUUGUGGGUUUCGGCGUCAAACUCGACAUCCUUCUCUACAACGUUAUAAUGCGCAACGCAAUGGAGGCGGGCGACGUCGACACUGCAUUCAAAGUCUACAAUACGCUCGACGAGAACGGCCUCAAGCCUGACAAGUUCACCUUCUCCACCUUGCUCCACGGAUGCACUAUGACAACCGAACCCGUCGCAUUUAACGAUUUCGCGGAUUACUGCGCUGAGACUGCGAAAGAGAUGAAGGAUCCUUGGCUUGCAGCGGACUACCUGUACUACCAGUAUGUUCGUCUCCACCGCGAAUCGCGUAACACGGAGACGUCACUAGGACGAACGCAACAGCUUCUGCAGAGUUAUCUCCAGUUCUUCUCUCCACGCCCGCUGGAGCCUUUUUGGGCUGUACAUGCAGGAUCCUCCCGCGCUCGUUCCGAUGGCGUCCUCACCGAAUCCACAUUCAUGGACCCACCGCCCAUGGCUCUUUACAUUAUGCUCCAACUCGAGAUACUCAAGGCUUCUUCCACCGACAAAGAGCAGGUUUGGGCACUCUACGAGAAAUUCCUUGAGCUGGUUAUAACCAACCGCGACCCCAUACUCAGCAAGCUCGCCAAGAACCCCAUCAUAUGGAACACCUUUCUCCUCUCCUUCUGCCGCAUCCAUCACUUUGAACACGCCUCCCAGGUCAUCCGCGAUAUGCCCAUUUCCGGCGCGCAACCCAACGUAUACACCUGGAACAUCCUCAUGCAGGGCUUCUUCAAAAACCAGCAGAUGCAAGCCGCUGAGCGCGUCUACGAAAUCAUGCGCAGCCGGGGCAUCGAGCCUGAUCAAUUCACAUACGAGGUCAUGCUCAGAGGGUAUGCGAGGGCGCAGCACGUGCGCAAGGUUGGCGAGGUGAUGGAGCAUUUUGACGAAGAAGAGCGGCUGGACUCAAAGUUGUUGCAGGAUCUGGCAAGGGUGCACGACCAGCGACGGGUGCUGCACGAGCUGGAGAAGGCCAGGGUCCGGCGGGAGCAAAGAAAAGAAAUGGAGGCCCAGGCUAAGGAGGAGAAGGAGAAGCGGAGGUGGGCGCCGCCGGAGUUUGCGCCGCUGAUAAAGCCCAAGGAGGGCGUUAAUGGGAAGGGCGGGCUGAAUCUCAAGCCGUUGAUUGAGCCUGGGUCUAGGCCCGGAUUCAGGUUCGUCAGUGUGUCGAAGAAGUAGGGCUCUUUGAUGCUUGUUGCGCACUCCGCUUGUGUUUGGCAUUGAGUUGGAGGCGUUCUGGCGUUGCAUAUUAGCGCAUUGGUGGAUUCUUGUGUCUUCAGCGUCUGCAAGUGUACCAUAUUGUAGUCAUAUCGCUCCGCAUCGUGUACAUGUAGAUACGGCAUUGCCCGUGUGUGACAGUGAAGUCGCGCACGGCAUACAUAAUCAACUCUUUACCUGG